AUGUCUGCACACCAUCAAAUUGUCGAACACAUCGUCCUCCUCAGCGUCAAACCCGACGCUGACUCUACCAAAGUCGAGACCAUGAUAAAUGAAGUCAACGGAUUGAUUUCACUCAACUUCACACUCCAUCUCAGUGUAGGAAAAAUCCUCCGGUCUACCUCCACUUCACCAAACUUCAGUCACAUAAUCCACUGUCGUUACAGGUCAACGGAUGACUUGCAAGCGUACAACCAACAUCCGGAGCACCUAAGCGUCCUCAAGAAUACACAGCCAUUACUUGAUGACUUCAUGGUUGUUGACUUUUUAUCCGAUGGUAGUCGCGAUUCGCUGAAGCCAGGAUCUGCGAUGAGAGUUACGUUAUUGAAGUUAAAGGAGGAUUUGGUUGAACAUGAGAAAGGUAAGUUGGUGGAAGAGCUUAAAGGUCAGUUUAAAAGGACUGAAGAGAUAAGUGUUGGUGAGAGUUUACCUAAUGAAAUGUCCAAAGGGUACUCUAUUGGCGUGAUCGUUGUUUAUCCUGAUUUGGAAGCUAUUGAUUCGGAUGCAGAGCUGCAUAAAUCGAAAGUGAAGGAUUUUAUCGAGAGUGAGAUGGUUGUUGAUUAUGUUGUUCCAUUGCCCUCAGCUGCAGAACACUGA